CUCCUGGCACACCUGGAACUUCUGGCACUCCUGGCAUACCUGGAACUCCUGGCAUACCUGAAACUUCUGGCACACCUGGAACUCCUGGCACACCAGGAACUUCUGGCAUGCCUACAGGUCCUAGCACAUCUAGCACUCCUGGCACACCUGAUACUCCUGAUACACCUGGCACUCCUGGCACACCUAGCACACCUGAAACUUCUGGCACAUCUGAAACUUCUGGUACACCUGGAACUCCUGGCA